AUGUUGUUGAAGUGGCUGCGAGACAAUGAUUUCAUCAACAAUAGUGAGAGAAGAACCACGCACACGCUGAUGACCGGAGGGGUUGUCGGUGUUCCCCAUGAGCAGUAUGACGAAUUCCUUCGUCUAUACGCGACGGAGGUCGAGAGCAAGAACAAGACCAUUUCCUUCUCCGAGCUUAGAUCCAACCCGGCGUUUUGCAUGUACUUCGACAUCGAUCUGCUCGACUCCAAAGAGCUAAGCACGGAAGUUGGUUUAAGGAUAUAUUCUCUGAUCCAGGGCGUCGUCCGAAGCUUCUACCCCGGCAGCUCGGGCGAUACCGGUCGAUUCCAGUGCGUGGUGUGCGGUACGCCCCCGAAGAGGGUGGAUGGAGAAGCGGGGGAAAAAUCUCUGACCAAGAGCGGGUACCAUAUCACGCUCCCCAAUCUACGAGUCACUGUCGAGCAGGCGCUCCAGAUCAGGUACUGCGUGGUGUACGAGCUUGAAAAAACAUUGGGACCGCGGUCGGAUGGUCUGAAUGCGUGGUCUGACGUGAUCGACAAGGCGCCGUACACCAAUGGCCUCAAGAUGUGCGGCUCGUUCAAGAGAGUCAAGUGCACGGACUACAAAAAGACCGAUCCGACGUUCAAGGACAAAAAGAAGGCGCUCCUCUCGUCGAUUGCGAGACUCCGGCGAAAAAUAUACCCCCGUGACCGCGGCUUCGAAUACUCGGACCUCGCGGACGUCCAAGACGACGAGUUCAAGGACGCGAUGUUCGGCGAUAUGUACGGGAGGUACCUGGAGCUCACGGGGUUCAACUCUUGCAAGACGUGUCUCAACACGGGCAAGCGAAUCGAGGAGCGGACGUACAUGCCCGUGCUCGCGCUGGACGGGUCUGGUGAUACCGACGCUUCUCUGAUCGACCUUCUGCGAGACGACCUGUUUAAGGUGAUGAAGUACACCAGCAUUCGGUGCAAGGACGGCGAGUCGGAAACUUCCGGGUUUGUCAUCCCCGAGGGCGUUCCGAAGGCGCCCACCGAAGAAAACGGUGCCAAUAUGCGGACGUUCUCGAGCAAGAAGCUGACUCACCUAGGAAGCGACGUGCAGGCCUUCACAGUGAACAAUGACAUUUAUCUGAGCGAUGCCCAGACGAUGCACUUGUGGAAAGGACCACGCGUCGAGGAUGAGAGGCGUCUGUCCGUCAUCGAGAAAUUCAUCAGGGAGAGCGUGUGCGAGAUGUACUCUUCGGUGCAGAUCAGGAAAGUCUGCGAGAGCAGGCUCAUUCAGAAAGUCAUUCCGAGAGCGAGUGGUGGGAGCAAGUUGAUCAAUUCCCUCGUCGGCGCUCACUCGGGCAGCAUCCCACCGCCUCCACCCGUGUCCGUGAGCAAUCGCUACCUUGUAAACAUCGCGGGAGUGGGAUCGACGUACUGCAUGAACAAGGGCGCCGACCACACCUCCAACUCGGUUCGCGGCGGGGGCACGACAUGCGCCGAUUACAGGUCCGGCGGAGUUCCGGUUCCGCUCGCGGUUUCGUCGGUGUUGUUCCCCAAUGAGCCUGACAGCAAAGACAGCGUGACCGCAUUAUCAUCGAGGCCGGCAAAAACGCAUCAUAUCGACGCCAAGCAAGCUGCAAGUAGGAAAAAGAAGCGCAGGAAGGCCGGGACCGACUGGGGCGCCAAGAAACUAUGA